GCUGACGGGCAGGACAGGUAUAAAAACAUAGGUUCAGUUAAACUGGUAAGCGAAGCUGAGUAACUCAAGACUUUUAUUUUGAAGACCUGUAUUAUCAGGUGUCAUUAACUAUGUGAUAGUGAAACUACCGCAUUGUAACGUAUAUAAACACUCUAAACUCAAUGAGAGGGGGGUUCAAGUGUGUUUUUGAAAACCGUGUUGAUGAGAAUCUUAAACGUUUCUCUGGCUUUUAUUUUGAAACGCCAACGUACCGCUAGGCGGAAAGACAGUCUCUCAAGGCUUGCGACAAAAUGGCAACGAUGAGAGGUUUGUCCCUCAUUCUGUCCGUCCUGUCAGCUAUAACGUUGUUAUGGACAGAAUUGGGCGAAUGCAAUAAUCACCGAAGGUCAGGAGAAGUGGUGGACACAGAUUUCAGUGGAUUCUCAGUGCCAUUAGAGCACUCCUUUGAAAUGGAUGAUGUCCCCAGAUUUCGACUUCGUGGUGCCCUGCAGUUCAGGGGUGGGAGAGAGAACAGUGUGUAUCUCUCCCAAAAUCAGCUCUCAGAGAAAGAUAGGAAUACUCUGAAGGAUGUUGCAGCAGUUGAUGGUAUAUACAGAAUCCGGGUCCCAAGAGUCUCUCUACAGGCAGAUUGGCAGACAGAGAGACGGUCUGAGGGUUACCUCUCUGCAUUUGUUAGAGCUUGUUCAUUAGUGGAGUCCAACCUCAGUGAUGUCAUCACCCUUCACACUGAUGUCAGCGGAUAUGUUAUUGGCAUUUCCAUGGUGACAAUUCCUGGGUCAUGUCGUGGGAUAGAGAUGGAGGAUGAGGUUGAUCUUGAAUUGUUUAACACAACAAUAAGUGUUGUGGCACCAGUCACUGCACCUUCACCUGAAACCGCACCAUUCAUUGAGAGAAUGGAACAGGAAAUGGAAAAGAAAGGGAAAAACCCACAAGAACAGAAAUCCUUCUUUGCCAAAUACUGGAUGUAUAUUGUCCCGCUUGUUCUGUUCCUGAUGAUGUCUGGAGCUCAGGAUCAGUCGGGUGGAGGAGCCGGAGGAGGAGCAGCCAAUGGUGGAGGACGAUGAUUCCUAUGGCAACUAAAACUCCUGUGUUGUACAUAAUAAUUUAAAACAGUUUUUGAAUUCAUUCACACAUAACAUACACCCAUAUUUACAGAAGAAGGUUUAUUCUAGAGAAAUACUGUUCGAAAAGCUUAACUUAUGACUGCAUACUUGAAUUGCAUUUUUACUACUGAUUUCAUUAAUAAAACACUGAUGA